AUGGUGAGUGCAGAGUACGUACCGACGGACGCGAGGUUGGCUAACGUGCUCACGAAGAUCUUGUCGGCGCCGCGGAUGCUGACUCUUCAAGAGAAGAUUGGGCUGGUGUAA